GAAUUUCAUGGUGGGGGGUGGUCAGGGGGAGCAGGGGACCGAACAGGAAGUGAGGCACAUUCUGGAGCAUUCUAACCUCAUGUCCAGUGGAGGAUCGGGGCUGACCAUUACCACCAGAGGGUUCCAGUUUCUUCUGCUGGAGCGAAGCACUCAGGUCUGGUUCUUCAUCAUCAACUACCUCCAAGUUGUCACCGCGGAGAGAGGGUUUAACCUCCUGGAGUGCCUCAGUUACCUCUUUCAGCUCAGCUUCUCCACACUUGGCAAGGACUAUUCUCGAGAAGGGAUGACGGAGUGCCAGGAGGGACUGCUACAGCAUCUGAGGAUGUUUGGACUUGUCUACCAGAGAAAGAGAAGCUCAAGGCGGUACUACCCUACAAAGCUUGCUAUUGACUUAGUCUCAGGAGCCAGGCUGUCUUCAUCUUCAUCGCAGAGUGUCUCGGUGGCUCCGCGGGCAUCUUCUCCCGGGUUCGUUGUUAUGGAGACAAACUUCAGAGUGUUGGCGUACACAGAUUCCCAGUUGCAGAUAUCCAUCCUCUCUCUGUUCUGCCAGCUACAGUACAGGUUUCCAAACAUGGUGGUCGGGACUAUAACCAGAGAGAGUAUUCAUCAGGCUCUUAUCAAUGGAAUAACAGCUGAACAGAUCCUGAGUUUUCUGAGGCUGCACGCUCACCCACAGAUGCUGGCUAACGUGAGAUCGUCACGUACCUAAAAUGUCUCCCUCUUUCCUUAAAUUCCCUUUCUUUAUAUCUCACUACUUCCCUCCCCCCGCCAUCUCUUUCUCUCACUAAAACUGCACAGAACCCAAUCAUCCCACCAACUGUUACAGACCAGAUCAGACUGUGGGAAAUUGAGAGAAAUAGACUGCAGUUCGAAGAAGGUGUCCUUUACUCUGAGUUUUUGUCGGCCAGUGAUUUUGACAAAGUCAAGAGAUAUGCUGAGGAUUUGGGAGUCCUGUCCUGGAGUAACCCAGGGAGGAGACUGAUGGUGGUGACGCAGUACGGCCACGAGGAGGUUAGGCGAUUCUGGAGAAGACAGAAGAACAACUAGACGACAAAUCCACAAUCUCCAAAAACAACUGAUCCACGAUAUAUACACCUGCAGGACUAACAUCCCACCAUUAAUAAAUUUAAUGAUAUGCAUGCUGGUUGUCCACUGCCCAAUAAUUAUGAAGAAGC